ACACACAAAACACACGCGCACGUACACACAGAAGUCUCCACCAAAGGGCGAAUACCUACAAAGUACAUAGGACUUCUGGAGGCUAGAUGAAGAACUAGUGGUAGGAAAAAGGAAAGAGAAAGAGCAUCGAGUGCUCCUUUGUUUAUUAGUGCGGGACGGUGAGCACUGCCCCGCCUCGUGCUAACGUUAACGUUAACGUUAGCGUUUUUAGUCCGAGAGGGAAACUUCUGCAGUUCCAAGACACGGAAACAACUAGGUAAGACACCCAGAAACACCAACCAGAUGUACAUGAGAGCAGCGACAUCCGUUUGAAAGGACUGCAUCUAAACAAACUUCUCCUGAGAAGAAUUCGUGUUUGAUGCCAGCGGGAUGGGGAACAGCAGCAGUGACAGGUCCAGCGGGGGGCCGGGGGACAGGUCCUACAGAGAGGGACAACAAGGAGGGAAAGAGGCCCGUCCCAACAUCCUGCUAGACAGCACCGAGGACGGAGACCUUUUCCAGAGAGAAGAUACAAAGGCUCCGCAGGAAAUACAGGAAUUUCUGGCCUGGCAGCAGGACCUCGCCAGUGAUAGCAAAUGUCCAACGCAGUCCAGACCGACUAUGUUCAAGUGGCCGGGGGCCGCCAAGGAAGUCUUCGUGUCCGGCUCUUUUAACAACUGGGCCACCAAGAUCCCUCUCAACAAAAGUCAGAAAAACUUUGUGGCUAUCGUGGACCUGCCAGAGGGAGAACAUCAGUACAAGUUCUGUGUAGACGGUCAGUGGACCUUGGAUCCUACUGGGGCUGUGAUGACGUCUAAAACGGGCACAGUUAAUAAUGUCAUCGAGGUAAAGUCAAGCGACUUUGAAGUCUUUGAUGCCCUCAGGAUCGACUCUGAGGAUUCUGCAGAUAUGUCAGAGCUGUCCAGUUCCCCUCCGGGCCCCUACCUACAGGAUGCAUAUGUGAUCAAGCCAGAAGACAAGAUCAAGCAUCCUCCCAUCUUACCUCCCCACCUGCUGCAAGUGCUGCUCAACAAGGACACAGGAAUCUCUUGUGACCCGACGCUGCUUCCAGAGCCCAACCAUGUGAUGCUCAGUCACCUGUACGCCCUCUCCAUCAAGGAUGGGGUGAUGGUUCUCAGUGCAACGCACCGAUACAAAAAGAAGUACGUGACCACUCUUCUCUACAAGCCAGUAUAAUCCACAGAGCCUUUGUCCGGCCUCUUAUUGACAUGCUAAUAAUUCAUCUGUUGUUGUACACAGCUGCUGCUUGGAUUGUUUUGUUAAAACCGCACAGUGAUAUCUUCCUGGUAUCAAUUUAAAACAUUUGUGAAAUCUUUUUUUUUCUUUACUGUGCUGUAAUCUUACAUUUUAAAAAACAUUUUAAAGUUAAACUUGCUGCACAAAGUUUGUCAAUGUAUGAUCCAACCAUAACUCCAACCUAAAGCUUCCUUUUU